AUGACGACGCUUAGCAUGAAGCUCCUCAUCGACAGGAAGGCGCAGCGCCUGCUGUUCGCGGAGGCGAGCAAGGACGUCGUGGACUUCCUCUUCUCCCUCCUCGUCCUGCCCGUCGGCGCCGCCGUCAAGCUGCUGGGGAAGGAGGCCGCGGCUGGCAGCGUCGGCAACCUCUACGGCAGCGUCGAGGGCCUCGACUACGCCUACGUCCAGCCCGGCGCGGCCAAGGACGCGCUCCUCCGCCCCGCCGUGCUCUCCUCGCCCGACGGUUCCUCCCUCCUCCGCUUGCCGGCGCCGCCGCCGUGCGGGCAGCCCAGGAGCCUGUACAGGUGCACGAGCAUCUUCAACAGCAGCUGCCGCACCUACAUCACGGACGCGUACGGCAAGGCGUGCCCGACCUGCGGCAACCAGAUGGCGGCGGCGGCGCAGUACCUCCCGCCGGCGGGGCAGCAGGUGGCCGCGGCGGCGGGGUUCGUGCAGGGCGUCGUGACGUACACGGUGAUGGACGACCUGACGGUGACGCCCAUGUCCGCCAUCUCCACCUUCACGCUGCUCAACGCCUUCGCGGUCACCGACCUCGCCGCGCUGCAGGAGAAGACCGUGCAGCUUGGCUACAACGAGGGUUUAGAGAUUCUCAGGGCCUCGCUGCAGUCCAAAACCGUACUCACUGAUGUUUUCCUCGGCAUGAAGGGUCCCGGUGAAGGUGCCUGA